ACAUGGUACGUAGAAACAUGAAACAUAGCAUUUAAAUUUUAAUGCAUGUUAUUUUGUAAUAACUAAUUUCCCUUGUCCGACUCCUUUGGAUCUUGAUCUUUGAGACAGUCCAAGUUGGAACAUUAAUUUCCGUGUCUUUCUCUCACACUCACAAUUUUCCAUCUUCUUCCACUGCCACAAACACCACCCAAAUCUCUCACCCUCCUUUUAGCAAAUCUCACAAACGACAACUAUAAUCCCAAAGACGCCAAACUUUUUUUAUUCUCUCUUUCUUUCAUUCUUCUCUGUGUGUAUGUGUCUCUCUCUCUGUAUCCCUUCGUGAGUUAUGGCACUGAGUAAGUCGCGUAACAACAAGCGCUCUUCCUCAAAUUCUUACGCUUCUACUGCAACCACCGUGCUGUUCAUUGCACUGUGUGUUCUGGGUGUAUGGAUGCUCACUUCCAACAAUGUGGUUCCACCCCAAGCCACCACCACUCGCACCGCCACGUCCACUUCCACUUCCACGGGCGCUUCCUCAUCAUCUUCCUCCAAUGAUCUCCCCCAAGGCAUCAUCAAGUCUGCUGACAGUAAGUCGUUUGAAGACAGUCCCGGUGAACUUCCUGACGAUGCCCUCAAAGCCGAUGAUUCAAACAAAUCGGAUGUUUCUAAUGAAGAACAAGCAAAGGCUAUUCCUGCUGAGGAAGAUAGGAGCAGUUCUUCGGAACAAGAAAAUGAAGGUGAUAAACAAGAAGAACAGGCUGCCAUUGAGGAAGAGAAGCAGAAAGAAAGCCAAACUCAAUUAUCCGAAGAAAGUUCGAUGACUCAAACUCAACAGGUUAAAGUUUCUGAAUCUGAGGAAAACUCGAAAGCUAGUAGUGACGAAGGUGGUGGUACUACUGGAAUUGAAAAAGUGACGGAGAACAACGAGGUUCAGGAACAAAAUAGUGACUCUGAAAGUGGUGAAACCGCACAAGAAAAUCAUGACCAACAAAAGCCAGACGAAGAUCAACAACAACAGGAUAAGAUACUACAACAGCAACUACAAGAGGAUGAAAACCGAGGGAAUUCACGGGAGACUCAGAAUCAAACGCCAGUGGAAGAUCAACAACAACCCCAAACAGUACAAAAUGAGGGAGAUGAUCAACAACAACAACAACAGCAGCAGCAGCAGGAGCAGCGACAGCAAGCCGAUCAAGACCAGAAAAGCUCACAGGAAUCUCAAAAUGAGAUAUCAGAGGAUGAUCAACAGAAACGAGUACAACAGCACAAACAUGAAAAGCAACAAAAACAACAACAAGAAAAUUCGGAAUCCACGGCUAAAACCGAUGAAUCAGCCGCGCAAGAUCAAUCAUCGCAGCAUGAAUUCACAGACGUGACGAACCAGCAAACCGAUGCAACCCAACAAUCCGCAACGGUGGAUCAACAACAACAGCAGGAGCCUCAGCAAAAAAAGAGUGGGAAAGAAGAAGCUAAGGCCGCUGAGUCAAACUCAGGCGAGACAUUCCCUGGUGGGGAGAACUCCGGGAUUCCAAAGGAGUCAAAGGAGUCGAAGAAAGCUUGGUCAACUCAAGCAGAUCAGUCGGAAAACGAGAAGGAGAGACGGAAGGACGAGUCGGACGGUCAAGGGAGCAUCUAUGGAUACACUUGGCAGCUAUGUAACGUAACGGCAGGUCCAGAUUAUAUACCGUGUUUGGACAACGAGCAGGCAUUGAAGCAUUUACAUUCAACCAGACACUUCGAGCAUAGAGAGAGGCAUUGCCCUCUAGAAGGACCCACUUGCCUUGUCCCACUUCCUCAAGGCUACAAAACAACCAUCGAGUGGCCACAAAGCAGAGACAAGAUAUGGUAUCACAACGUACCACACACUAAGUUGGCGGAGGUGAAAGGGCACCAAAACUGGGUUAAGGUGACGGGUGAGUUCUUAACAUUUCCAGGCGGUGGGACCCAGUUCAUACAUGGAGCGCUCCAUUACAUCGACUUUGUAGAACAGUCAGUACCAGCAAUCGCAUGGGGAAAGCGAACUCGGGUAAUACUGGACGUGGGUUGCGGGGUUGCGAGUUUUGGUGGCUAUCUAUUCGAGAGAGAUGUCCUUACAAUGUCAUUUGCACCAAAAGAUGAACACGAGGCUCAAGUUCAGUUUGCUCUUGAGAGAGGAAUCCCUGCCAUUUCUGCUGUCAUGGGUUCACAGAGACUUCCAUUUCCAAGUAGGGUUUUUGAUAUUGUUCACUGUGCUCGUUGCAGAGUUCCCUGGCAUGCAGAAGGCGGACUACUUCUUUUGGAAUUGAACCGGGUUCUACGACCUGGGGGUUACUUCGUCUGGUCAGCCACCCCUGUGUACCAGACGCUUGAAGAAGAUGUACAAAUCUGGAAAGCGAUGACCACACUGACGGCAUCCAUGUGUUGGGAGCUUGUGACCAUCCAGAAGGAUAAACUGAAUUCCAUUGGUGCUGCAAUCUACCGCAAACCAACAACAAAUCAAUGCUACGAUGAAAGAAAGCAAAACCAGCCUCCUAUGUGUAAAAAUGACGAUGAUCCUAAUGCUGCGUGGUACGUACCUCUGCAAGCAUGUAUGCACCGUGUGCCAGUAGAAGAGGCAGAGAGAGGGACUCAUUGGCCCGAAGAAUGGCCAAGUCGAUUACAAACACCUCCUUACUGGUUAAACAGCUCUCAAUUGGGGAUCUACGGGAAGCCUGCGCCACAAGAUUUUGAAGCCGAUUACAAACACUGGAAACGUGUCGUCAAGGAUUCAUAUAUGGCCAGGUUGGGAAUCAGCUGGUCCAAUGUCAGGAAUGUCAUGGACAUGAGAGCUGUUUAUGGAGGGUUUGCAGCGGCAUUGAAAGACGUUAAAGUUUGGGUGAUGAAUGUGGUGAAUAUAGAUUCUCCGGAUACACUACCAAUAAUCUAUGAGCGUGGUCUUUUUGGAAUAUACCAUGACUGGUGCCAAUCUUUCAGCACCUACCCCAGAACGUAUGAUCUCCUUCAUGCAGAUCAUCUUUUCUCAAAGCUGCAAAAGAGGUGCAAACUUGCUAGUGUAAUGGCGGAGGUUGAUAGAAUUGUGAGGCCUGGAGGAAAAUUGAUUGUUCGAGAUGAGUCACGAGCAAUUGGGGAGGUUGAGAACCUCUUGAAGUCUCUGCACUGGGAGGUUCAUUUAACUUUUUCCAAAAACCAGGAAGGGAUUCUUAGUGCACAGAAAGGAAAUUGGCGACCAGAUACACUGGCAUCUUCCUGAUCAGUUAGAGACAUGAGCAAUCCAAAUAGUUUGGUUGUUAUAUAAAGCACUCCUCCUCGGACAAUUUUAUAGGCCAGCAAUUUUUUCUGUGGCAUCUUGUUUCUGGAUGUAAUUACUAUCUUUUGCUGCAAUUCAGAAAAAAAGAUGGAUGUAAUUUUUACUGUUGUCAAAUCUUAUCAAACAGUGAGAAAAUAGAUAAUGAGUCAAAAGCUUCAUUUUUUUUUUUU